AUGGCAACGACUUUAUCCCCAGAGGAAGAACGGCCGCAGGCAGGCCCGCUGCCGUCUAAGAGAGGAGAAAUCGGCUUUCGCGAAGAUUUACAAUGUCAAGCGGAGAGCAGCCAAGCUAGCAGUGCAAGUACUAUCAGUGUCACUAUCCCGGCGCGACAUCCAGCAGACACUCCUCUUCCUCCUCUCCCUACCUCUUCACCUCUCACUGCGAGUCCCACAACAAGCACCGCCCUCAAUCCUUCUGAUGCCCCUACUUCUAGCGAUGCAGAGAGGUCACCACGCCCAACCUCUCCUUCAACUGCGUCCCUGAAUUCCACCAACAAACUUACCUCGUUCUUCAAUGGCAAACAUAUACCUAUCAUCUGGGGCCUUCGUAUUACUACCCUCUCCGUCUUUUUUCUCCAGGCAGCCAUCCUCGGCGGUACCAUUGCUGGAUGGGUUGUCCUUAUUAACCACCUACAGGCCACCGCAUCCGCAACCCAGGGUAUGAACCAGAGCCAAAAUAACGGGCUCACAAUGGACUCCGCGCUCAUAUUUGUCUAUGUUGCCUUCGGUAUCACCACACUCGUGCAGAUCGUCUUUCUAGAGCGGUGCAUCUUCCGCCUGCGUGCGGAACGCUGGGCAUAUAUUCAUCCGGGCGAGGUCCUCCCAACGCGGAGGGGCGGACGCGGAUUCGGUAAUUCCCCACGACAUCCUACCAUAGCAUUUGUACCCUGGAACCGUCCGCCGCUCCCCACAUAUGCGGCAGCGCUUGCGCAGAGCGGGGUUGGCACGGGCGAUGUCGAAGACCAUAUGAUCGCCGUACCUCCGCCUCCGGCGUACGGCGAUCGCCAUGCGAGCACGCUACUCCUUGCGGGUGCGAUUCCGGACCGCCUGAGACGUGUGCGGGAUAGUGCGAAUUCCGCAGCGAGCCUAUCAUGGGUGGAGGUCAGGCGGACGAGCCAAGGGAAUAUGGAGCAGAGUGACAGUAGGCCUGUGAGCUAUAUGAGCCACGAUCCAGACUGGGAGGAGCGGCUGAAUGCAGAUGCAGCUGCAAGGCUGGAGGAGCAACUGACCCAGAUGGAGGAGGGAAGUGUAGUGGAUACACCUGGGCCGCAUAGUGACGCGCGAUGA